UUCUUUCGUCUUCUACUUGCCAGAGUUCGUUUUAUCUGUUCACGUUUAGAUUGAUUUAGAAGGAUAUUUAUUUUGUUUGAAAAAAGUAUUGUGUUGGCGGCAGGAGCGAGCAGUAGCGACGCGCGUCGGGUUAGUGAUGGACGAGAAAAUGACCAGUGAGGAAGUACAAGUGCCUUUGAGGAACAAGCCGCUGAAGCACCUCAACAGGGUGGCGAAGAGGCCCAAACUCGACCUGGAGUUCCAGGACCUGUCGUACUCCGUCAGGGACAGCAACCUGAAAGGGGGAUGGCGUCCGAUUUUAAACUCCGUGAACGGAAAGUUUCGCUGCGGCGAACUCACAGCCAUCAUGGGGCCCAGCGGCGCCGGGAAAAGCUCUCUGCUGAACAUCCUAGCCGGCUGCGUGACGGCGGGUGCCAAGGGCGUCAUCACAGUCAACGAUAGGCCGCGCGAGAUGCGAAUUUUCAAUAAGUUGAGCUCGUAUAUUAUGCAGGAGGACACGAUUCAGAUGCAUCUGACCGUGAAGGAGGCGAUGAUUUACGCGGCCUGUCUCAAGCUGGGGUCCCACAUCGAGUACAAAGACAAGCUGGCUGUGGUCGAUGAGGUUAUUAAUCUGCUGGGUUUGGAAAAGUGUACGGAUACUCUGAGCGAGUACUUGUCGGGGGGGCAGCGGAAACGGCUAACUGUCGCCCUUGAAUUGGUUAACAAUCCGCCGGUGAUUUUCCUGGAUGAGCCGACCACAGGUCUGGACAACUACGCAAUCAAACAAUGCAUAGACUUGCUGAAGAAAAUCAGCCAGCUGGAUCGGACCGUGAUCUGCACGAUCCACCAACCUCCCGCUUCGAUUUUCCAAUAUUUCGAUCAGGUGUACAUUGUGGCGAACGGAAGCUGUGUCUACAACGGUUCGCCGACCCAACUCGUCCCCUUCUUCUCUCUAGUCGGCUACUCCUGCCCUUCAAAUAACACUCCGUGCGACUUCAUGAUCGAACUCGUCCACUCGCAACCCUCCAUGGUCCAAAGCUUCCGAACCGCGAUCCAGGACGGCAAAAUCAACAUGCGCGAGGCGUCGAACACCGACGACAAACCCGCCAAGUCUCUCGACGACGGGGACAUCUACACCGACCCCACUGAGAUCGUCAUCGAGAAAAACGACAUCGAGUUCGCCAACUCCUUCUUCGUCCAGUUCUCCAUCCUCCUGUCGCGGAUGUUCCUCCAGAUGCGGCGUGACCGCACGGGGUUAUACAUCCAGUUUUUCCACCACUUGUUGUCCGGGGCCAUCGUGGGCGGCAUCUUCUACGGGAUCGGCAACGACGCCUCCCAAACCAUCGCCAUUUUCAAGUAUUGCGUCUGCUGCAACGUGUUCUACAUGUACACGUACGUGAUGAUGCCGGUGUUGCUCUUUCCGCUGGAGGUGAAGUUGAUGAAGCGCGAGUACUUCAACCGGUGGUAUGGCCUGAAAGCGUACUACUCGGCGCUAACGGUGUCGAUGAUGCCGCUUCUGGUGGUGUUGUCGUUGAUGUUCUCCACGAUUGUGUACUUGAUGACGCAUCAACCGCUGGAAGGGGACCGCUUUUUGGGUUUUUGUCUCAUAGGUCUGGCGGUGGCGCUGACGUCGCAGGGGUUGGGGUACUGUAUAGGGUCCAUUUUUAGUAUCACGAACGGGUCGGUGGUGGGGCCGUCGGUUUUGGCGCCGUUGUUGGCGUUGGCUGUGUACGGGAUGGGGUAUAGGAGUUCGAUUGAGCCGUUUUAUAAGGUUAUGAUGACGCUGACGUACAUCCGGAAUGGGGUGGUGGGGGUUUGUAAUACUUUGUUUUAUCAGAGGGCGCCACUGGUGUGUCCUGAAGACCAGAUUUAUUGUCAUUAUGCGCACCCGGAUAUUUUAAUGGCUGACAUGGCGAUGCCCUUGAUGGACUACAAGUACCAGUUGGGAAUUAUAUGUAUUUUUAUGGUUUUGUUUCGACUUCUGGCCUACUUGGUUUUGAAAUGUCGCUUGAACAACGACCUCGCCUCGAGGAUCGUUUAUUUGUUUAAAAAAGUGGUGAAACACCGAUAUUAGUACGUCUGUGGUAUUAUUCGGGCUCUAAGAUUAUGCACUAGAUUAGUGGGGCCCGCACACCCUCUUUUAAAUGUGAUAAUAGAUUAGUAGUUAGUGUAUUUAAUUUUUUAUUGUAUGAUUUUAUAAAAAAUAGAUUUUAUUUAAGUCGCCGCUUCUA